AUGGGCCCGGCAGGUCGUGGGGAGACGCAGCUCAUGGUCCCCGACCGGUUCUUGAAGUUCACCUCCAUCCAGGCCAUCGCCUUCGACGGGUCCGGGAAAGAGAUGGCGACAGUGGCCCCGCACUCAGGUACUUCUGAGCCUGACCAGAACGGCAACUUCCAACACUGCCUGCAGGAUACGCCAUGCACGCCCAACGACCGAUUGCUGUGCACACCGAAAGAGGACUUCCUGUUCUUCCGCAGCCGGCUUUCGAGGAUUCUCUUCGAGCGCGACUUGCCGUGGCUGGCGCCCUUGUUUCAGGACAACGUCACGGAGCAGCUGGCCGACGUCCAGACGCGGGGCUGUGAUGGUUCUACAGUUUCGCCUUUGGCUGUCAGCUCACUGGGAGACAAUGUGGCCUGGGAGAUCUUGUACACAGGCCUUCAGGUGCGGACAGCAUACAAGAUCUACCUGCCCUUCUCCUGGCUUUACCACGUGCACUACGAGCACCACAUGUUUUGGACGCGUGUUUUCCAUCGACGGUGGUUACAAGAGCCUACAAUGGUGUUUUUUCAGAGUCGCCACAGUUGGAUGGGUCUACACCAACGUGCCUACAUCACGCAGUUUCUGCUACCGCCCAUUUUGGCUCCGACGUUGGACGUGCAACUGGACUGGAGCGAGCAAACGCGAAAACCGGACUGGGGCGAGCGAACGAUGCCUCCAGUGUGGGACCCCAGCAACCAGGCCCAGUACCCCUUCAGGAGGUGGUCGCAUGAUGUGCUGGUUUGGUCCGUGGCCACAGAGGGGGAUCCCGCACGCAAGGCAGCGCUUUUGUGCAUGAGUCUCCGAGGCUCAGCCCAGGAGCUGGUUCGGACGCUGCCGCCAGCUGUGUUAGUGCAGGGAGGACGAGUGAACGGGGCAGCAGUGUUAGCUGAAAGGUUCUCUGCCUUGGGAGAGGAAGUUCGACUGUCAGCAGUGACUGAGCUGCUCACCUUUGACAGGCAAGGCGCGGAAUCAGUGGACAACAUCAUUAACCGAUUUGAUGUUGUCAGGCAGCGGGCUCAUGAUCAGGGACAACUUGUGAUGAGCAUUACGGGUUUAACCUGGUUAUUGCUUAGAGCCAUAGGGGUUAGUGACCACCAGCUGCUUACACUCCUGGCCCCUUUCAAUGGUGUUUUCCCGCAGACCGAUGCAGAACUGGCCCAGCUCAAGACUCAGCUUCGCCGGAUGGGACACAUUCUGGAACAUGCCCCAGGAAACAUAGCAGCAUCCUUGAGGCCUCAGCGCAACGCAACCUGCCAGAACUUUUGGGCGCAGGCUGAGGUGGAGGCCACAUCCUCUGUGUGGCAUGCAGCUGAGGGCGAGGCUUCAAAUGUGUGGGAUGCCCACCCCGACGCCAGCAUGGCCCCGGGCAGCGGCUGGGGCACCGAGCAACCAAGCGCCACAGCUUGGAUGGCGCAGGAGUUCGAAGUGAGUGACGGUGGCACUGACACCGAUACUGCUAGCUCUGAUGGUGGCACCGAGCUGCCUCCUUGCACUCCUGAAGGAAGCUAUGACGACCCUGCCAUUGGAGAGCAUCUCUUUUGGGCCUACCAAAAGGCCAAAAGCCAGUGGCGACGUUGGUCCCAGAAGCCUACGCGCACCGUGAGGUUGCAGGCAAAGGUAAGGGCAAAGGCGGCAAAAGGUCCACAGGCAAAGGCAAAGGCCGCCGCACAAACCCCAAAGGCAAAGAUGGUAUGA